AUGCAUAUCACAUUCUUCAAUCUCCUCUGUAUCCUGAUAUACGGUAGAUUUGCUAUUUGUGCAGAAUCUUCUGCACCCCAGAAUUAUGACAAAAUCUGCCCUUCUCAGGACAAUACUGUGAAAGCUCUGGAUGGGGAUUACCGAAUCUUAUACCACUGCGACGCAUAUCCGACCACCUAUGACGCACAAGGAACCUUUCAGGUUCAAGAUCCCGAUUCAUGUGCACAAAUAUGCCAGAGAAAGUCAGGCUGUCGUGGAGCCAUCUGGAGUGCCGCACAGCAAACAUGUUGGACCUCGGAAGACCAAAGUAAUCGUCUUAUUCCAUACCAAGGACUUCUGUACCUGAAGCACGUGGAAGGUACGCCUGAACAGCAACCAAAGGAGCCCAUGUGCGAUUCAGCUGUGGCUGCAUGUACGCAACAGAAAGACAUCUGCGAGAAGCAGUCAGCAAUCACUCAAGCCGAGGUCCAAGCAUGCAAAGAGCAGAAAGAUGUAUCCGACAAACAGGCAGAGGCCUUCUCAGCUAGCUUAAUUGCAUGCGAGGCUCAAAAAGAAAUCGCGGACAGGAACAGUGAGGUAAACAAAGCUCGACUUACGGCCUGCGAAACACAGAAGGAUGUAUGCGAUAAGCAAUCGGAAGCCAAUGCAGCGAGUAUUGCAGCCUGCAAUGCGCAAAAAGACAUUCUGGAGAAAAGGUCUCAGGCCACAACAACCCAGCUUACCUCGUGUGGUGAACAAAAUGGCAUGCUGGAAAAGAGACUGGCAGCCAAUUCUGCCCAGCUCACGUCGUGCCAGACGCAGAAUAGUGCGCUUAAUGCAAGGGCCGAGACCAACUCUGCCCAGCUAACAGCAUGUGAAUCGCAGAAGGCGACAUGGGAGAAGAAGUCCAAGGACGAUGCCGCACGUGUUACGACAUGCGAAGCAUCCAGAGAAGCACUGAAGACAGAAUGCGCUAAAAAUGCCGAGGGAAAGAUUAAACCGAACUUAUACACUAUCAUGGCUCGACAUUGCAACAAAUUUGUCGACUUGAAAGAUGGGCAAACCGCUGACGGAACAAAGAUUCAGCUUUGGGAAAAAUCUCCUACGCUAAAUCAGCGAUAUUUCAUCUAUCACGUUGGGAAUGAGGAAUAUCUCCUUCGGAACCAGCGAACCGGAACUUAUGUAACUGCCUCAGGUACUUGA